UAUGUUGUCGGCGUGCAACCCACGUUAAGUGGUAAAUGCUUACCACUUCUUCCACUUUUUCACGAACCUUUGAUGAUAACUUCUCCAAACGUGUUGUUGAAAAUGCCUUUCAAGGAACCCCAAACUUGUAAAAAUCACUAAGUCUUUUAUACCAUGCUAUUUUCGUCGACGAGUCCUUUUUUGAUAUAACGAGGGUUUAUAUCAACGGUCCUUUCAAGAUUCUGAACAUGUAUAUGUCGACUAUCCUUUUCGUUAUUUUGGACUUAUUUCCCAUUAAUCUAGGUCUUGGGGAUUUAUCUGACAGUCCUCCAAACCAUGUCUUGAUAUGUCGACGGCUGGGUCGACCCUUCGUCGUUGUAGCCAAAAAUCCAAGUGUAACGGGACUUGCGAGCAGAAGCGGAAAAUCGCUUAUCUGAAGAAGCUAAAACGAAAAAAUUCCUUCGAGCAAGAUCAUCGAUCGCGUUCGUCAUCAUCGCUCCGUGUUCGUCAUCAUCGCUUCGCGUUCGCCAUCACCGAUUCGUGUUCGCAGGGUUGCGUUCUGCAUCAUCAUCGCAUUUUCGUUCGAAGCUUCAAUAUCUGGUUGCGACCGAAUUGCGUCGUAAUAUUCAAUGCGCUUCCACGCUUCGACCUAGCUUCGGCAAACCUCACUAUGGAGCAUCGCGUGUAUGCGUCUAGACUUUUAUUCAAACAAUUCGAUAAAGCAAAUGCGGAAACUUACUGGAUUGAAGCUACGCGGAGGUUCUUCGGCGGCAACAGUGAACCGAGGAACUGGCACUCCGACACCGGCGAUCAUCCACACAGGUCUUAUGCACAAGCAACCCCUUGGAGUCUCAUCCCAUACCGUAAUGGGAUUGCAAUCAAUGGCUAAGGUUGGAAGAGUGAAGCGUUCCUUUUGCUACGACAAGCUUGGGUUUCAAAAGGAAAAUGGAAGUUUUGCUGUACUGUCGUGACAAAGAGAAUACACCACUUGUUUGGAUUACCCGAAAACCGUCCUCAAUGAUUGAUUCAACGCCCUCCAUGAAGUUUGUUACAUGAGUUUCCUGCAGGUGUUUCUUUGUUUCGCAGGCCUGUUUUUAGAAGUUAGCCUUUGGAAACCUUCGCAUUGCCGAUUCCUGCGUUGAGCUUUUGCUGUCGUAUCGGUUGGACCGCAGCGCGUUUACGAUGAAUUGCAGGUUGUAGCUGGUGGUAUUCCUGCUGUUGUUGUUUGUUCUUGCAGGUUAUUUCGUUGGGGUGAAUACAGUCGGUGACCAAUGCAUUCCGGCGUGAACAACCCCUAUGAUUCCACCUCCACGGUUGAUUUUGGGUUCGUAACGAUCAUCAAUAUGAAAAAGUGAAUAGAUGUUUUCUCUUUCAUAUAGCUGUAAAAUUCUAGUAAUUGAACUUUGGUAAUUUGAUUGGGAACUGGUUAAGGAUAAGCAUCUAGGUGAAGACAAAAACCAGGCUUCUGUAUCAGAAAAAUGAUGGAAAGGUGGAAGGUAUUUGCUGUCUUGAACAUUUGAAAUGCCAUUCUUGCACUUCUUUGACAAUUUAAAGUAGUGUUUGUUGUGUGACAAGGACAAUGCUGCAUGGUUAAAAUUUGUGUCGAUCUCUCCGUCGUCGUCUUCGUAAACAUGUUUUCCAAACUGGGAUUUUUGAUAACUCAAUAAACCUGAAUCUAAUACAGAAUUGAAGUCCGAUGGUUUAUCGAGUAAUAAGGAUGAGGGGCUAAAGUGGAAGUCCCUUAAUGCAUUAUUUGACAUCUGCUCUUCACCAUGGUCUAAAAUUGAUAACGCAGGGGCCAUAUAUGGUUUUCCAUACUUACAACUGAUAGGUGCAAGUUGAGUCCUACUUCGGAAUUCACAACAUUGAGACUCGGACCUCCCAAAGUGGCGACCUUAGAGUUUGUUAGCAGAUCCACCAACUUCCAUGCCAGUUGUAGGAAACCGUUAGAAAUGCGGCUGAAUUACUAUUGCUAUGCAGGUUAGCCAAGUUGAAUGGAUAGGCUGCAGUUAAUUAUGAUUGAGUUAGCUAGUGUAGAGUUAGAAAAAUGAAAUUUUCAAUGAGUUGCAAAGGAUCAAAACAGUUCUGUUAGUUAUAUGCAGGUAGAUGCAAGUUGGAUUCUACAACUGAGCCCUUUUUGUGUCAUGCGUUUAUGCUUAUGUAGGGAAAAUUGUUAUGCUUUGUCAUGCUUAUGCAGGGAGAACUUCAAGGCCAAAGUUGGUGUGCAAGCUGGCGAUUCGGUGCGAGCAAUGGAGUAAGCUUCAUGUUGUACGCGUUUGGCUUGUUGUGAUUACUGAAUGUUUGGCGGUUCCGCAAAUUGGAGAUUGAAAGAGUCUUCUUGGUGGAGCUAUGGUGUCCCAGAUUAUCCAUGACGUGAUAUAUGCUCAUGCAGAUUGUCCCACUACGUAAAUUUAAUUAGGAUCACUCCACGUCAUGCAACAUUGUUGCAUACGAAUGGGAUACCUUGGGAAGCAUAUCGUUGAUGUUUGUUUGAGGAAAAGUUUUGUAAUCCAUGUAUGCCAUAAUGAUAUCUCUCAUAAAAGAGAACCUCAUGCUUUGUAAUGAACUGUAAUAUGUAGCAGGGCUGGAAUUGAAAUGCAAUAUGGAAAUGUAAAUGACAAUCUUAUUUUGGCUAUAUAAAUUGAAAUUGAAUUGUAAAUGAAA